AUGUACAAAUUGAGACCUUUGGUACACCGUUCCUUGUAUAAAACUCGAGCAACAAAUCUCCCAAAAUUCUCGAAAAUUGCCCCUCUAGGCUCCCAAUUUGCUCGAUUCUCAAAUACUUCGAACCUAAAGUACAAUACUGCACAGAUUUUCUUCCUGACGGAAAUUUUUCGGGGUAUGUGGGUCGUGUUGGAGAAUUUCUUUCGUCCCCCGUAUACCAUAUAUUAUCCAUAUGAGAAAGGUGCUUUGAGCCCUAGAUUUCGGGGAGAGCAUGCUUUAAGGAGGCGAGGAAAGGUUGUUUGUCCCGCACAAGCAAUUACUAUUGAAGCUGAAACGAGAGAAGAUGGCAGUCGUCGCACCACUCGUUAUGAUAUUGAUAUGACAAAGUGCAUAUAUUGUGGAUUCUGUCAGGAGGCAUGCCCAGUUGAUGCUAUUGUCGAAGGACCAAACUUUGAAUAUGCUACAGAAACGCGCGAAGAACUUUUGUAUAAUAAGGAGAAGUUGCUAGCGAAUGGUGAUAAAUGGGAACCGGAAAUCGCGAAAAAUUUAGAGGCUAAUCAGUAUUAUGUGUAA